AGCAUUGCUGCUGGCGUGUGCGCUACUCUGCCUGUCGACGCGUACUCUCCCGGGAAAAUCAUCAUGGCGUUGGAACUGCUCCCGCAAGUAAAGGCCGUCCUCAUCCUUGACGAGGAUGGUGGCCGCGUGUCUUGCAAGUACCACGACCGCAAGGAGUUCCCAAACCUCGGAGCGGAGGCGAUGUUCGAGCACAAGCUCUUCAGAAAGACCAAGAGCGUACAUGCUCCCACGGAGGCGGACGUGGUGUUGCUUGACGACGUCGUGGCGGUGUUCAGGAGCGGCCUCGACGUGCACCUCUAUGUCGUUGGGUCUACGGAUGAGAACGAGCUCAUCCUCACGGCCGUGCUGGACGCUUUGCACGAGACCCUUCUCAUCCUUCUUCGGGGACAGAUCGACCGGCGAACUCUGCUGGACAACCUCGCCCUGGUGUUGCUGUCCAUCGACGAGCUCGUGGACGCGGGAAAGAUUUUGGAGAUCGACCCGUCGGCGAUCGCGAACAGGGUGCUCAUGCGCGGGGCUGACGCAAGGGGGCCCCAGAGUUCAGACGUGAACUUCCCCCAGGCGAUCGCAUCGGUACGCGAAGAGUUUAUCAAGCGAAUGGGAAACUGAUGAGCGGGCGACCUGACCUGCUGGUUUUGCACGCGGCGGGGAGCGGAGUGGAGCGCAUGCGAAUUUUACCACACGCUGACGUGGCGGUUCCAGUGGCUGUUGGGGGAUGAUGGGUCUGCAACCACUUUUGGGCUGUAAGAGGCUAGACCGUGGGAUCGGUGCAUGAGACAGGCAGACCUAAAUAGUUCAUCCCCCUCUGACGGACGGGAUCCUUCAAGGAUCAUGAUUGGAACGAUUGCACGGUGGCCUUGGCUUGGUGUUCUUUGCUUCCCCCGCACAGUUUCACGCGGUGUGUAUCCACGUAGUCGAAAACCUAGCUUUGUCAGGUUAUCUGCGUGCUGUGAGCAAGAACCGAGAGGGGCUUUGGAUGGCAAAGCGGUUGGUGUUGCCGCUGACCCUUUUGUUGGUGUUGCGGCUGACGUUUUUGUUGGUGUUGCCGCUGACCUUUUUGGACAGCCGCGCAUAAAGUUUGACCACGACGUCUUGAACGUUUUUCUUCCGCUCAAGCGCCGCCCAUCCGUCGAAUCGCCAUUCGUAGUCGCCUCAACACCGGGCCAGCAUAUUGGGUUUUGGUAGGCAUGCUGUAUCUUAUGCGAGCUAGAGGUUUUUGUACGGGUACAAGGGCAGUGGGGCUGUUCGUUUUAGGGUGUGGGUGGACAAGACACCAGGGAGGAAACUUGACUCGCCACCACGUAAAGAACUUGACAAAAUGUACAGAUCUUGGAGGGUUCAAAACUUCUCUCGGAACAUGAAGACUUGAACCCCCCCGCUGUUUUUUGGUUUCACCGCGGACUUGUUGGGAAACUUGGAGGUUUUAAGUGAUGCCGCGCUUGUGAAAGACGCAAGGCUGCAAAUGGC